CCCCGCCUCUCCGUCGCGUUGACGAAAAGCAGCCUACCUCAUACGCUAGAUCAACACUGAGUGACAUACGGAUGAUCCAAUCAUCGUUUGAAAACCCACUUUCGCUCCACCCCAUUAUCACUGCGGGCAGCGGGAGAACGGGACUAAGUCUAUCUCCACCCACAGAAGAAAAAGAACCAAUCCCUGGCAAGUUGUCGUCCUUGAAGGACGCAAGAGACAACCAAUGAUAAAGCUAGGAGGACAGCCAUUUUGCCCACUUGUGAAAGAGCCACCUUUUCCCACGAGUAGGAGCCUGAGGCUCACCAUGCCUACAGCCGGUGAGAAAAGGAAGGCUCCUACACCCUGGACUUCCUAUCUGACAAACGAAGCAUCUGCACAGCUGGAUUUUUUACCAGACAAGCUGAGAGCAAAACUGCUCCCAUUCCAAAAGGAUGGCAUCGUGUUUGCCCUCAGAAGAGGUGGCAGGUGUAUGGUGGCGGAUGAAAUGGGCCUCGGGAAGACGAUCCAGGCGAUCGCAAUUUCGUACUUCUACAAAGAGGAGUGGCCCCUGCUGAUAGUCGUCCCCUCAUCUCUAAGAUACCCUUGGAUAGAAGAGCUAGAAAAAUGGAUCCCAGAGCUAGAGCCAGAGGAAAUCAAUGUCAUCACGAAUAAAACUGACACUGGGAGAAUAGCGACCAGCAGAGUGACAGUUCUGGGCUAUGGUCUCCUAACCACAGACGCAGAGACUUUGCUGGAGGCACUGGACAGGCAGAACUUCAGGGUCGUGAUAGUGGACGAGUCACACUACAUGAAGUCCAGAACUGCUGCCCGCAGCAAGAUUCUCCUGCCCAUGGUGCAGAAGGCCCAGAGAGCCAUUCUUCUAACAGGAACCCCAGCUCUGGGAAGGCCUGAGGAGCUUUUCAUGCAGAUUGAGGCCCUUUUCCCACAAAGGUUUGGAACCUGGGUGGAGUAUGCUAAGAGAUACUGCAAUGCACAUAUCAGAUACUUCGGGAAAAGGCGUCAGUGGGAUUGUAGAGGGGCUUCAAACCUCAGUGAGCUUCACCAGCUCCUCAACGACAUAAUGAUCAGAAGACUGAAGAGCGAAGUUUUAAGCCAGCUGCCCCCGAAAGUCAGACAGCGCAUUCCCUUUGACCUUGCACCAGCCACUGUCAAGGAACUCAAUGCCAGCUUUGAAGAAUGGCAGAAAUUAAUGAGAGCUCCAGAUGCAGGUGCCAUGGAGACAGUGAUGGGGCUGAUAACGCGCAUGUUUAAACAGACUGCAAUUGCCAAGGCAGGUGCAGUGAAGGACUAUAUUAAGAUGUUGCUUCAGAAUGACUCACUUAAAUUUCUGGUCUUUGCUCACCAUUUAAGUAUGCUCCAAGCUUGCACAGAAGCAGUCAUCGAAAGCAAGGCUCGCUACAUCAGGAUAGAUGGAAGUGUUCCGUCCUCAGAAAGAAUCCAUCUGGUCAAUCAGUUUCAGAAGGACCCCGAUACUCGUGUGGCUAUCCUGAGCAUUCAGGCUGCUGGCCAGGGUUUAACGUUUACCGCCGCGAGUCACGUUGUCUUUGCUGAGUUGUUCUGGGACCCUGGACAUAUCAAACAGGCUGAAGACCGUGCUCACCGAAUUGGGCAGUGCAGUUCUGUGAAUAUUCACUACCUGAUUGCAAACGGAACUCUGGACAGCCUAAUGUGGGCGAUGCUGAAUCGAAAGGCUCAGGUCACAGGGAGCACACUGAACGGCAGAAAGGAGAAACUCCAGGCUACAGAAGAUGACAAAGAAAAGUGGGGUUUUCUGCAGUUUGCUGAAGCAUGGACCCCAAGCGACAGUUUUGAAGAGCUCAAGGACCCUGUGUUUACUCACUUUGAAAAAGAAAAGCAGCAUGACAUUCGAUCGUUCUUCUUACCGAAACCGAGAAAGAGACCGUUGGAAACGUCCGGUGAUGCAGCAGAGGCAGUCAAGGAGAAGACCACAGUGGCCUCAGACCCUAGAAACAUGGCCACCAAGGAGGGUACGACUGACAAAAAUGGGGUUGAACCUGAAACUAAAAGGUUGAAAUCCCUGAGCACCAGGGACCACUGCAGUGCCCUGGAGGAAAAGCCGUCCUUGCAAGCCAAGGCCACGUCCAUCGACGGUGUUCAUGAGGUCAAGUCCCCAUUGGCCUCCCCAGCCCUUUCUGAGAAGAGGUGGCAGUGUGGCUUCUGCACAUUCCUCAAUGACCCAGGCCUUCCGUACUGUGAGAUGUGUGAGAGCCCUCAGGGCAGAGCUGCUGGCCUCAACCAUAGACAGGAUAACAACAAAGAGGAGAAAGAGGAGUCUCAGAAAAGCACCUCCAAAAAUGAUCAAGCUCGUCUGCACUGUGUAAAACCGUGCUCCGAACAGCCCGAAGUGGAGCGGUUGGCCAGGAACAAGGAAGAAACAUCGAAAGAAACAAGGAACAUAGUGUCAAGGCCAUCUGAACAGAGCUGGAGAGAUGGGUAAAGUGCCUGCCCUGCAAGCCUGGAACCCUGAGUGUGAUCCCCAGCACCCAUGCGCAGAGCUGGGUGUGACACACACCUGGAAGCCCCGCAUUCAGGUGCAGAUACACACACUCUGCACAGAUACAGAUACCGCGUGAACCGUGACUACACUCGCAGUCCUUGGUGGCAAGGUUGUAUUUACUUAUUGCCUGUUCCUAUACAGCCGUGGUGGUCACUAAAUGCCAGCCUGUAGUUGUACGUGGGCCAGCUGGCCAAAUGCUGUAAGCCGUUUGGGAUUAUUUUCUCUUUUGACUCACUUAGAUUGGUAUGCAUCCCCAGUGGCUUUUAGUGACAGUGGUAUUAUAGCCACGGCUGAGCUCUCACGGGCUCAGACAGCAACUUCACAGCUACCACCUGGGCUAAUGACUGCAACAUGGCUUUGCUACCACUGAACAUCACACACUAAUUUCAGAGAUGUUUUUUAGUCAAUAAGACGCACUAAUGGUACAAACUGGUGGCUUUUCACUAUGACAGUUCCAUAUGGCCAUACAGCGCCUUGACCAAGCUUGCCUUUCCCUUUCACUCUCUAGUACUAGAGGUGUUCUGUUUCUUUUUCAUUUAUAAGUCACAAACUAGUUUUAUAAAGUAGCCAGGCCCUAGACUAGAGAACUAGUAUGUUGAUGAUAUUGGCUGGUGGUGUGGCAAGCAGAGCCAAGCUCCUAGAACACCCAGAGGUCACUGACACUGGGGUAAGAGUAUAUAAGCUCUACAGCUAGAGAUAGCAGGUGACUAAGAGUGACCCAAACCAGGCGGCUCACAACUACCUGUAACCCGAGUGCAGGAUCCAGUGCUCUCUGGCCUCCACAGCAUCUGCAUGCACAGAGUGCACAUAAACUCAUACAAGUACACACAUGCACAUAAAUAAAAAUAAUAAACUCAUUUUAAGAGUACAAACUAUGGGGCUGGAGAGAUGGCUCAGUGGUUAAGAGCACUGACUGUUCUUCCAGAGGUCCUGAGUUCAAAUCACAGCAACCACAUGGUGGCUCACAACCAUCUGUAAUGGGAUCUGAUGGCUUCUUCUGGUGUAUCUGAAGACAGCGACAGUGUACUUAUAGAGAAUAAAUGAAUAAAUCUUUAAAAGAAAAAAAUGUGCUUUUUGUUUGUGAGGGAUGCACUCAGGACAGUAGUUAGCACGUUUCCUGGACCAGAUAUGUUUAUAAAAUGUUAACUGCAUUUACUAUUAAACCUGUGUUUUGAGGAUGUUUGAUUAUGGUAGUCCUGGGGAUCCAACCCAGGGUCUUUGGGCAUGCUAGACAAAUACUCUACCACUAAGCUAUUUGUGUCACCUCAGCCUAUUUGACCGUAAUUGUUAUAUAGACUCGCUUCCAUAAUUUUUGUCUCUCCUGAAGAAUUCUGGGUAAAGGGACUAAGAAAAUACUUUUAAGUAAUGAUGAGGAAAUUAGCAUGUCUAGUCCUCUCCUUGUGGGUGAGACAGCAGCCACGGGGAACCAGGCACAUCAGUGACACGCAGCAAAGCUGUCCUGAUGCUGAUAAUCAAAUGGGGACCAUUUAGUCCCAGCUGCAAUAUGUUCAACAAAGAGGAGAGACUCUAAACCCUUCAAGUUGGGUAAUGACUUCUGGUGUUAGAGAAGGGUCCCUUCUGACUAACUCAUAUCUUUUCAGCUGAGUCUCAUCUAGUUGCUUCUUGUUCAGUCAUUAGCAGAGAAAGCCCUGGUUUCUGUAUAUGCUGAUUCUCUUAGAAGACCUACCCUGGGAGUUUUAGUUCAAGUCUGGACAUGAAUUGCUGAUCAAAUGUGUGUGUGUGUGUGUGUGUGUGUGUGUGUGUGUGUGUAUGUGUGUUUGUCUAAACAAGUGCAUAACCAUGUGUGUGUGGAUGAUCAGAGAGGCUAGAAGAGGGCUUAAGAUCCCCGGAAUCUGGAGUUAUAGGUAAUUAUGAGC